GGCCGGUGGCCGCCGUCGCCGCCACCGUCGCCGCUGCCUCCGGGGGCCGCGAGCCGAGCGGAGGCCGCCGCGGAGCGCGAGCCCCGCCGCCCCGCCGGCCGCUCCUGGGCCGGGCCGGCUCGGCCGGCGCCCCCCGCGCCCCCCUUUGCUCGUCCACCCGCCCGUCCGUCGGUCCGUCCGUCCGCCCGCCCGCCCGCCCCCCGCGGGCCCGGCCUGGCGCGGCCGUCCGCCGCCGCCGCGCUCGUCCUCCUCCUCCUCCGCCCGCCGCCCCGCGCCCCCAGCCGCGCCGUCGCCGCCGCCCUCGGCGCCCCGCGGCGCCCCCCGGUCUCGCCCGCCAUGCCCGGCCCGGCCGCGGGCAGUCGGGCCCGGGUCUACGCCGAGGUGAACAGCCUGAGGAGCCGCGAGUACUGGGACUAUGAGGCUCACGUCCCGAGCUGGGGUAAUCAAGAUGAUUACCAACUGGUUCGAAAACUUGGUCGGGGAAAGUAUAGUGAAGUAUUUGAGGCCAUUAACAUCACCAACAAUGAGAGAGUGGUUGUGAAAAUUCUCAAGCCAGUGAAGAAAAAGAAGAUAAAACGAGAGGUUAAGAUUCUGGAGAAUCUUCGUGGUGGAACAAAUAUCAUUAAGCUGAUUGACACUGUGAAAGACCCUGUGUCAAAGACACCAGCUUUGGUAUUUGAAUAUAUCAAUAAUACAGAUUUUAAGCAACUCUACCAGAUCCUGACAGACUUUGAUAUCCGGUUUUAUAUGUAUGAACUACUUAAAGCUCUGGAUUACUGCCACAGCAAGGGAAUCAUGCACAGAGAUGUGAAGCCUCACAAUGUCAUGAUAGAUCACCAACAGAAAAAGCUGCGGCUGAUAGACUGGGGCCUGGCGGAGUUCUAUCAUCCUGCUCAGGAGUACAAUGUUCGUGUAGCCUCAAGGUACUUCAAAGGACCAGAGCUCCUUGUGGAUUAUCAGAUGUAUGAUUAUAGCUUGGACAUGUGGAGUUUAGGCUGUAUGUUAGCAAGCAUGAUCUUUCGAAAAGAACCUUUCUUCCAUGGACAGGACAACUAUGACCAGCUUGUUCGCAUUGCCAAGGUUCUGGGGACAGACGAGUUGUAUGGGUAUCUGAAGAAGUAUCACAUAGACCUAGAUCCACACUUCAAUGAUAUCCUGGGACAACAUUCACGAAAACGCUGGGAAAACUUUAUCCAUAGUGAGAACAGACAUCUUGUCAGCCCUGAGGCCCUAGAUCUUCUGGACAAACUCCUGCGAUACGACCAUCAACAGAGACUGACUGCCAAAGAGGCCAUGGAGCACCCCUAUUUCUACCCAGUGGUGAAGGAGCAGUCCCAGCCUGGUGCAGAGAACGCUGUGCUAUCCAGUGGGCUCACAGCAGCGCGAUGAAGCCUGGAGAGCGAUGGGUCUGUUGCGGCUCCUCCCACUUUUCCAUAAGCAGAACAAGAACCAAAUCAAACGUCUUAACGUGUGUAGAGAGAUCACGUUCCGUGAGCAGACACAAAACGGUGGCAGGCUUGGUGAGCACGAACUAGACCAGCUGAAGGGCAGCCCACCACCGUAUAUCAAACCUCACUUCCGAAUGUAAAAGGUUCACAUGCCUCUGGCUUCCUGUUGGCUUCCUCCUGACCCAGAAAGCAUGGGAAAUGUGAAGGGUAUGCAAAUGGUUGUUGGUUACUGUUGCUCCUCACGCUCCUGACUGUCCAGUGGCUGCCUGGUUUCCCAGAAAACCACUUUGGCUAGCUGACCACAGACUCCACAGGGGGUAAUGUAUGGCAUGAUGGGCAGUUACAUAUUAUUUUAAAAGUAUAUAUUAUUGAAUAAAAGGUUUUAAAAGAAAUGUAUGGAGAGUUUUCAGUAUGGAAGGGGCCAUUGACCGAGACCUAUGGCCAAAGAGACUGAACGAAAGCACAUUUGUGCCAAGUUUUUAUUUUGUUGGGUUUCGUUUUUUUUAUGGUUUUUUUAAAGCAGUACUGGGCUUUGAUUGAACUCAGGGCCUCACACUUGCUAGGCAGGUACUUUACCACUUGAGCCAGGCCUCUAACCCCUUGGCUAAGUUGUGAUCAGAGAGAAGCCAGAGGAAGGCCUCUUGUCCCCUCCACCCGCUCCCACGUCUAAAUGGGGAGAGUGGCCCAGCAUUUCAGGUGGAUAAAUAUCAGCUCUGGUGAGCUGGAGAAGAUGCCUUAGCCCUUUCUUAUGUUCCAACAUUUCCUUCCACCUCCUAGUCCUAGCCUCCCAGCAUGUUGUGAGGAAGCCCCUUGUCCUGGAUGCAAGUCUGCGAAGAGGCAGCAGAGUGGCCAGGGACUCGGGGCUGCUGCUGCAUACAUGCCUGGUAUGCCUCAGGACCAGAGGGAAAGGCUGGAGACGCUUCCAUUUUUUCUGUGGAAAUGAAGCCAGUUUACAAAUGAGCCUUCCCUGGCUCCCUCAGGCCUUACUUCCAGUCAGCUGUGCCAGUCAAAGUGAAAACAAUUGCCACAACCUGGUGGCCCUCAGGCCUUGCCACUGGCCAGGGUCCUUACACUGCCUUGGAGGACAGAAGCCUGGGCAGAUCCAGACGCGGGGCAGCCGGGUGGUGUGUCAGCUGGGUCUGCACAAAGACCAUUUACUCUGAACAUUUGUUCUGCCACUGGUUCUGAGCAGCUGCAGCCCUGGUGUGGCUGCUCACAGUAUUUGGUGCCGUGAUGGGGUGAAGCUAAGAGGCUCUGUCGGGCCCUUCCCAUGGCAUCAUGGUAUCCUGUGGGCCUGCUUGUGCCAUACCCAUCAGUUCCUCAGGAUGAGACCGCAUGCCUCCAGACAGCAUGAGUGGCGCCCAGGGCCACUGGCCACAAGUCAGCAGGAACAAGCCAUUGGCUUGGCACCUCCUGGCCUGAUGGCUGACCUAGUUUUUUCAGACUCUUUAGUGGGACCUUUUUUGAUCCACAAGUUUCUGUUGGUCUUCCAGUUCUCUGGAUGGCAUCACAAUACCUCGUUUGUGUGUCUGUCUACACACUGUGGAUGUGUUGCCGCAGUAUACACCUGUUGGCCUUAAGGCCUUUCCCAAAUGUGGAGGGCGAUGUCCAAUGGGCUUCAUGGUGAUGAGCCUGGGAAUCCUGUAGAUGCUCAGUUGACCUUGGAACAGUAGCUCUGCCCUUGUCCCCUACCUCCACCCUGCUUUGAACCACAGCUGUCCCCAAUUUCCCAGGUGAGACUUUGAGAGACCUCUGAAGCCUAUCAGAUUAUCUUCUGUAGAUUGAAAUGGUUGGGUGGGAGAGUGAUUGUAGGAAGAAGCAGGAGUUUUUACUUAAGGGCCUUUUAAUUCAAAAGAGGGAUCAUGGAGCCUGUUAGCCUGAGUACCAUCUAUAGCUCCUCCACAACAUGCUUGAAGGUUCAGAGCAUCUGUUUAGCUCUUUCCAUAGCCUGUGGUUGGUAGUUUAAUAUUUGUUGCAUUUUCAUUGUUACCAAAUUAAUAGAUGUGGUAAAGAGUUAAUAGUGAAAGCCCCACCCCCAACAAUACCCCUCAUGCAUACGCACACAAAAACACACACAAAUACAUAUGUACAUGUGUAUGUGCAUACAUACAUACAUACCAUUUUCCUCCCCUGGAGGAAACCACUAUUAACAUUUGGUGUUGACUACCAUUUUAAAUUAGAAUGAUUUUUAUAGUAAUAGAAAUAUAAUCAAACCAUACAUUCUUAAAACUCAUAUUACACUUGAUUGUAGCAAUCUCUCUUCACCAACAUGUAUACAUCUACCUCGCCCCUUUUCAUGGUUGCACAGUAUUCCAUUGUCGAUGUGGCAGGUGCACCAACUCCUUCAAGAUGCCUCUUGGGGAUGUUUCUACUUGAAUUUUGCUGCAGUAAGCGCAUCUGCCCAUACAUUUCUGGAUGGGUUGUGUUUGUUAUAAAUCUAAACAAGAGUUACCAUCUGCAGUUUUUAUAGAAAGGGGACGGUUAGGGUUCUGAGAACGCUGCUUUCAGCCCCUCCCACGCCAGUACGGUUGGAUCCAGGAUCACUUUAGUCAUGAGGAUCUCCAGACACUCAGACCUUCUGGGGCCUAUGAAAAUAUUUGAGAUGCAAAAAAGUGAUGGUGUUACAAAAGGGUGAAAAUAAAAAUAAGUGGACUUAAGUGUAAAGUGUAGAAUCCUGUUAGCUUCCCUUAGUUGUUAAAGUCCAUAUUUGCUUUUGAAAGUGUGUUUUCUCAUGAGAGUCACAAUCACAAAGUCAAUUUCAAAAGCAAAUUCUAAAUAUUCUUUUGAAAAUUUACAGGAAAACAUUGUUAAUGGCUGGGGUGGAAGGGCGUGGCUCAAGUGGUAGAGUGCUUGCCUAGCAUGUUCAAAGCCCUGGGUCCCAACUCCCAGUACUGCCAAAAUUAUGAAAACAAUGGUUGCAUUUUCGUGUGUUUGAAAUGUGUGGGAAAGCCUUUGCAAGUAAGCGUGCUGAGGGCCAGCAGUCUUUCAAAAUAGCCCUGGCUUUGGGGAGGUAGAGGGGACAUGAGGACAGACAAGCUGCCUGCUUCAGAAUCUUCCUGAAAUGCACUGCAUCCAGUGAAGAAGGCCACGCUCAGGUUCAGAACUGAAUGACUGACUGCUGCAUUUGAAUGACGUUCUGGGGAAACAAACCCAGGAAUGGAGGACAGAUCCAUGAGUGCCUGAGGUUAAAUGACUACAACAGGUAGUCAGAGGUUAUCUGGGGGGAUGCUGCAAUUGUCCUGUGUCCUAAAUGUGCUGGAUGAUUAUAUGAUUUGAUGCCUUCAUUGAAACCACUCCAAAAAGAUGGCUGUCCUGCUUGCAAAUUGAGAAGUUCUUUUUUAAAAUUAACAGUAAUGUGCAGAGAUCCAACAGAGUCCCACUUGGACUGUACUUGGGUGAGCAGGAGCCUCCUCUGCCCGCCGCGGACUCUGGCUGAUGGUCUUGUUUGGAUGGAACUACUGAGAUCUGGGGUUCCCCACUUGGCCUGCCAGCUGGAGACAGCAGGCGUUCACCCCACGGCUAUUCCUCCCUGCCACCCCCACAGCAGGGAGAGGUGGGAAUAAGCACUGCCUUACAGUAGGUGACAUGUCCCUUGGGUGCCCCAAGGGCAGGUGAGAUUCUAGGCUUGAGCCAACCUGAAUGGUUGUUGUU